ACGCGAAGCAUCGGUUGUCAUCGCAACCACCGAGUUUGCUCGUCGUCGUUUGUAUAUUGGAUGCCGUUUCGAAGCAAAUAAACCUAAUAAAUAACAACAAAUCCUAUCGGAAAUUAAUCCAAAGAGAUUAUAAAGAUGUCUUUUCGCAUUGUACGAAACAGUAAAUUUCGACACGUGUUCGGUCAACCCCUAAAACGUGAGCACUGCUACGACAACAUUAGAAUUACGAAGAGUUCCUGGGAUUCGAAUUUCUGCGCGGUGAAUCCGAAGUUCCUCGCCAUUGUCAUAGAAGCGGCGGGCGGAGGUGCAUUUCUAGUGCUUCCGUUGCAGAAAACUGGAAGAACGGAUGUCAGCUAUCCUCUCGUCGCCGGUCACAAGGGCCCAGUACUGGACAUAGCCUGGUGUCCUUUUAAUGAUAAUGUCAUCGCCAGUGCUUCCGAAGAUGGCAUCGUCAGAGCAUGGCAGAUUCCGGAAGGUGGUCUGCUGAGGCCUCUGGUGGAUCCUGUUGUUGAACUAGUGGGACAUCAGCGCAGGGCAGGAUUGGUUUUAUGGCAUCCUUCUGCUAAUAAUGUGCUGCUGAGUGCAGGAGCGGACUGUAAAAUUUUCAUCUGGAAUGUGGGCACGGGAGAAAUAUUUUCUCAGAUAGACCAUCCCGAUCUGAUCUUCCACUGUAGCUGGAACUGGGAUGGAAGUCGUCUCGUCACCACGUGCAAAGACAGGAAGAUCAGGAUUUACAACCCAAGGACUGGCGAUUUAGAAAUGGAAGCGAUGGGCCACGAAGGAGCAAAGCCUCAACGUGCUAUUUAUUUGAGAAACGGAAGAAUUUUUACCACAGGAUUUUCUCGCAUGAGCGAACGACAAUAUGCAUUACGUAAUGAGUCAUCUCUUAAAGACCCCAUCAUUCUAGAAACAUUAGAUACAAGCAACGGCGUCUUAUAUCCAUUCUACGACCCAGAUGUUAAUCUUCUUUAUCUUUGUGCCAAGGGUGACAGCAACAUCCGAUACUUUGAAAUAACGGACGAGGCGCCGUAUGUUCACUACAUCAGCACGUUUCAAUCUUCCGAACCCCAAAGAGGCAUGGGAGUUAUGCCAAAGAGAGGUUGCGAUGUUCACCAAUGUGAAAUUGGAAGGUAUUUGAAUUUGAUUACUGAUAUUUGUGAUAGUAAUGGCACACUCUACUAAGUACCGUAAUGAUGU